GGUGUACAAAUAUUGGUGUGCGGGUGUACAUGGUCUUGGGGAAGGCCACCGUACGUUUGCAUAAUCGUGUAACAACAACACAGUCAGAGGUGGUGGCCAAGGGGCCGUUUGCCGUUGGACAAGGCGAAGGCUGUUGCAAUGGACGAUACCACUGUUUCACGCUCGUCAUCCGAGUCCGAGUCCGAGGAGCUCCAGCUGACAGACCCACUCGGCAUCAAACAGCUCUCGCUGACGUUUGACUAUCUGAUGUACAAGAUCAAAGACCGUGUCGAUGGCAUUGGCGAAGAGUGCCAACGGUACGUGGAGGUACAGGAGCAACAGGUUGACGAGCAGUUGGAGGCCGUGCAACUGGCGAUCGACUCGCUGAAGAGGGUCAUCGGCCAGUGCGACGAGAUCGCAGCGGAGUUCCAGAUGGUUGAGCAGAUAGCGCUGAUAGUACGGGACUUCACCGAUAGGCUGGACAAGCUGGACAUUUGACCGUUAUACGGUAAUAGUUAUAUGAUUAUUAUAGAUGCGUGCUUUAAUUAUUAUAUAAUCUGCGUUUCCAACUAUGAAGGCCCAGGGACCACGGC